CGCCACUGGGCUGUUUCGAGCGCUCUCCGCUAGCUGCAGCGACACCUUCGCUGAAGGAAAGUGAGAUUUCCAUAUGGACCGAAGACGAGCCUCUGGAAACCGACCGGCCUCUUCAGAAGAGGUUCAGUGUUGGUCGCAGGCAGCGUCUUCGUUGAAUACCCUGAACGAAGUAUACUCCACGCCACAGACGAAAGAGACGAUAGGGCGUGCGAACCGUCUCAUUGCUGUCUGGCCCGAGGACGACGUCCUCCCUAUCGACGGUUACGAAGGCCUGAAGAGGACAGCGAAGAAGUUGAUGUCCGCGUUGAGCGAAAUACGGCAAACGUCCGACCGUGAAAUAAGGGCACUCGACGAGACGAUUGAGCACCUGGGUGUCAUCAUCGCCCUGCGGAAGCAUUCAGAGGCCUUCCAGCCCGCUCGAGAUAACAGGCUGACGGAAAAGGCCCCCGCCAAGCGCGCUGGCUCUCUAGACAGGCGAACGCACAAACGCGCGCGCGGGGACUCCCCAGCGGUGAAUGGCGGCUCGGUCCCGCCAGUCGCGGCAGCCCGCGGCGUGUCCGUGACUCUGCCCAACCGAAGUCCGGCACCCUUGAUACCGUUCUCGCGAGAUCCAAAGCUGCGGCGGGAGGCGCUUGCGAAGCAGCUGCCCUUGCAAGAGGGGCGCAAGGUCGCAUUCCAUCCGCCGCAGAAUAAGGCGGGCGCGUCGGCGACGGACGAGGGCGAUGCUUGGAUCAUGGCCAUCGUUGUAAAGUCCAUCAACGCCGACAAGAACAGAUAUAUCGUACGCGACGCCGAACCCCAAGAGACUGGUCCUGCAGUCGAAUACAACACUACCUUGAGGGGCAUAAUACCUCUCCCCGACGCCGAUGCACCUCCUACCAGCGCAGCCCACCUGAACGCGUACCCCGAAUUCCCACGAGGAUCUGCAGUCCUCGCCCUAUACCCUGACACCAGCUGCUUCUAUCGCGCGGAAGUCGUAGCUUCCCCGCGAGACCUGGCCCGAGAAAAGAAGACGAAUGUGCCCUCAUACAAGCUCAAGUUCGAUGACGACGAGAACCAGGAGCACAUUGUACCCGCGCAUGUCGUCGUGGAGUGGCCAAUGGUAUGAGAGCUAGCGAUCGGCCUUAACUCGGAGCACGCACCACUGAGCGUGUGCGCAUGCUCGGUCGAGGACCGAGCAUGUUCGCGAGCAGCACGGAGUCAAAACACGACACGGACACUAGGCAACACGCCGACACAUGUUACGCUACUCACUCUUACUACCUUAUUGUAUAUUUUGGCUUGAUCUUUGGGUUCUUGUAGGGGCUGCAUUACGCUUGUACCUUGCCACCAUGCUCGUACCUUGACACAUAUGCGAGACCUAUGCGCUGUGGUUGUAUCUCACCUAUGAUCUUGUAUUUCGACGCCAAUUAGUUCGUACAGACGACCCGCCCUGUCACAUAUGUAUCCUUCUUUUGCCCAGGAGUAGCGCGUUGGAAUGAGUGGACCUAUCCAAUGCCAUCGAAGUUUCAG